AUGGUGUUGUCCCCGAAGCAUGGAGCCGGAAACAUCGCCAACCGGUGGCGGGAGCUCCAGGGCUCGGGGUCAUGGGCUGGGCUCCUGGACCCGCUCGACUCCGACCUCCGCGCCUCUGUCAUCGCCUACGGCGAGCUCGCGGAGGCCACAUACGAUGUGUUCGACACCAACGAGAGCUCGGCGGAGGCCGGCCAGUGCAUGUACAGCUGCGCCGAAGUGCUCGCCGCCUCCGGCGUGUCCCACCCGGAGUACUACACCGUCAUCAAGUUCCUUUAUGCGACCUGCGAUUUUCGACCAUGGUUGGAGUCGGAGUCAGAGUCGGAGUCGGAGAGCGUGGUAGCCAAGGCGCUGUUCGUGAAGCCGGAGGGGGAGGGGGAGUGGCCGUGGGCGUGGGCGUCGACCAACUGGAUCGGGUACGUGGCGGUAGCGACGGACGAGGGUGUGGUGGCGCUGGGCCGGCGCGACAUCGUCGUGGCGUGGCGCGGCUCCGUUAAGGUAGUGGAGUUUCUCAAAGACACACACUUUUCGUUCGGGUCCGCGAAGAAGGUGCUGGGCCCGUCGUCGGAGAAAUUCAAGAACGCAGAGGUGCACCGUGGCUUCCUGUCCGUGUACACAACUACUGACAACGGUGUAGUAACGACCAGUGUCAGAGAACAGGCCCUCUUAGAAGUGGGGAAGCUAAUGAAGGUGCACAAGGAGGAGGUGACCAGCAUCACCGUCACCGGCCACAGCCUUGGCGCCUCACUUGCCACCCUCAACGCCAUCGACAUGGUGGCCAACCACAUCAACGUGCCCCUGGGCACCACCUCCAUGCAGCCACCAUGCCCCGUGACGGCGAUCCUGUUCGCGAGCCCGCGGGUCGGGAACUUGGACUUCAAGCGCGCCUACGCCUCUUUCCCCGAACUACGGGCACUCGGCGUGAUCAACCAAAAUGACAAAGUGCCGACGCUCCCACCAAAAAUUGUGGGGUACGUGGAUGCGGCGACGGCGACGCUACCUAUCGACACAACGCGAUCACCGUUCCUGCGCCCCGGCAGCACCUGGACGUACCACAACCUCGAGUGCUACCUGCAUGGCGUCUCCGGGGAUCAUGGUGCCAACAGGGACUUCAAACUGGUGGUGGACCGUGACCUGGGACUGGUGAAUAAAGGUACCAACGCGCUGAAAGAGGGGUAUCCGGUGCAGGAAAACUGGUGGAACGCCAAUUACCGAUGCACGGUCAACCAUGUCGUUGGCCGCUGGAAGCUCGAGAACCUCAACCAUGAAUAA